AUGAUUUCUGGAUCCAGACAAAUUGAAGAUAGAAGUCAGAUCGGUUUUGUCAAAUUUUUGUUGAUUUUUAUAUUGAACAUCGUUACUAAUUUUGUCUCGUUCGAUAUUGUCCAGAUGGUCGUUCUCACCCUCUCCAACCAACAAAAGGUUCAGGUCAGAAAUGCCUUUACUCUUAUUGAUAGCGACUCCAAGGACGGGAAAAUCACAUUGUCGGACCUCACCAAUGUACACAAAACUCUAGGUAUUGAGCUUCCGGAUGAGGAAACAUUGAAGCUGAUGCUCCAAGGUAACGAGCUGAUUACUUUUGCUCAGUUCUCGCAGAUUUUGGCUGGUGAGCUCGCUAAAGUUGAUGACAAGACCACUAUAGUCAAUGCACUCAAGAUUUUCACCUCGGAAGAUGCUCAUGAUUUGGUGGUUGAUGUAGAUGAGUUGAAGGAGGCAUGUUGUUCAGUACAGAUGGGAGACAUUGGUUCUGGAGACCAUAGAUUGUCCCGGCAAGUAUUUGACAGUCUUACUAAGGGAUUUGUCAAGGAGCAAAUGGAUGGAAAACGUCUUUUCUAUGCAUCGAACUGGAUUGAUGCGUAUAUUGAAUAG